CGUAGAGUUUGCGUGCGAGUGACGAUUUCACUGGUGAUUUUUUGCCGAACUGUAUUACAAAAUCAACUUGAAUGGAACAGUGGUGAUAAGAAAUUUCUUUGGCUAAUACCAAAUAGGGACAAGCUGAAAGUCGCAAGUAUCGCACGACCGUCAUUUGAAAUCAACCGUUGACCGAACUGCAUUCGAUCGUGCUAACAAUUUAUCCAUCGAGCCUCUCAUUUUGUCAAUUAAGGAAAAAGUACUGAAAUGUCAGAGGCCAUCCAAACAAAUGGACAUGCUGAAUCAACGGACACCAGUCUGCCAUCCUGGCUACCUCGAGUCUCGCUGGAGAAUGCGGUACGCGCCCAGAUUGGCGACUUUGAGAAGAUACUCUCCGUAAACCCGCAGUCCACAAAUGCGCAGGAGAAUUACUCUACACUGAUGGUGCGACUGCUGGUGGAAGUGGAGCUGCUGGAUCACAGCACCAAGAACGUCUCAUUUGUACUGAAGGCUCAGCAUAAUAAUGAAGUAAUGGCCAACAUACUCAAUAGGCUACGUCUUUUCCAGAAGGAGGAGCAAAUGUAUCACAACAUUCUGCCAAAAUUCGAGAAACUCUAUGCGGAGGCUGGCAAGCCCAUACAAUUUGCACCGAAGGCAUAUAAGAUUGAUCAGGAUUUUGGCGUUGAUUAUGUGCUGCUGGAAGAUUUGCGUACCAAGAGCUUCAAGAAUGCCAAUCGAUUGGCGGGUCUGGAUCUCGAUCAUAUGCAGCACGUGCUCGAGAAGCUGGCUGCAUUCCAUGCUGCCUCCGCCUGCUACGUGGAGCAAAACGGUAUGUUAGGGGAGGAGUUCACGGUGGGCGUGUUCAGUGAAGUGAAUCGUCAGCUGCUUCAAGAGUUCAAUGCCUCUGGCGCAUUUCUAGCACAGCUCAAGAAAUGGAAGAACUGCCAGAAGAUCUAUGAGAAGCUGGCAAACAGCGAUGAGCAUUUAGUGGAUCGUUUGCUGCAGGAUCAGCAGGUUUCAAUGAGGGAGUUCAAUGUGCUGAAUCAUGGCGAUUGUUGGAACUUGAACAUUAUGUUUCAGUAUGAUGCCUUUGGCAAGAUCAAGGAAACGCUUUUUGUUGACUUUCAAGUUGGCAAAUAUGGUUCGCCGGCAAAUGAUCUAUAUUAUCUGAUACUUUCCUCGGCGGCACCGAAUAUUAAAAUUACCAAAUUCGAUUAUAUGGUGCGAUACUAUUUCGAUCAUUUGAUUGAUAAUCUUAAGUUCUUGCAAUACCAUCGCCCCUUGCCCAAGCUGAAGAACUUGCAUGCGGCUCUACUUCGCAAUGGAUUGGCGGCAUAUAUGGUCGUGUCCAAGGUACUGCCCGUUGUCAUGCUGGAUAAGACCGACCAUAAUAAUUCGGAGAGUUAUCAGAAUGACGAGUCAAAGGUUAAGGUCGCCAUGUACACCAAUCAGAAAUAUGUGCAGUUAAUGACCGAAAUUCUACCAUGGUUGGAUAAUCGCGGUCUUCUCGACUGGAACUAAUUAGCAUUCCAACAAAGCAAAUGCGAAUGACUUUGAGUUAUGAUAUGUACCCAUGUAUGGGAUCAUGUUUUGGUCACGCAAUACAUAUAAUGUAUUAUUAUUAUACGAAAUAAAAGUAUUGAGAACUAUA